AUGGGUGUAGGACUCCUUGUAUAUGUCGAUCCGGGGGAGAUCUUGGGGUCCCAGCCCACAGGUCUCAAUCUCGACCAGGUAUCCUAUUUAGGACAGUGCCUGGUGGAAGCCACUCCCGACAACUUCGAGUCGAGCCUCGCCUUUCUCCGCCAGAACUUCUCCAAACUCGCCAUCAACUUCGAUGUCCGGCAAUUGAGAAGCUGGGAUCAUGUGGUGGACUUGCUCAACAACGGCGCCUCCAAGCUCUUCGUCAACUUCGAGCAACUCAAAGCCCUGUCGCAGGAGCCCACGAUCUCCCAAGACCGCCUGGUUCUCACCAUCUCCCUAGUCAACCCAAAGACCGAUAUUGGCAAAUUGAAGUCUUUCCUGGAGACCAACACAGAAUGGAUGACCAGGGAAUGGGCGUUUUAUGGAGACAAGGGGAACGAGCAGGUGGACGAAGUCCUGAAAGAGCUAGGGAACUAUCCCCCGAGUCAUGACCAGACUAUCUUUGUCAGAAUCACAAGCGAAGGCGAAGGCAGAAACCUGCUCCACGAAUAUCCUGGCAACGCGCUCAUCGUGUCCUCCAAGCUGUUGACAUUCGACCAGUCCAAAGAAGGACACGAGAAGCUUAUACCUGCCGUGGAUUUGGUGCUUGCAGGCGCCACUCCUGAUAGGAAGACUGGCCUCUAUGCAACAACCGUGGUGGAUGAGCGGGGUGUCGCCUUGGGUCUAGUAUGGAGCAGCAAAGAGAGCAUUGCGGAAGCUCUCAAAACUGGGGCGGGAGUGUAUCAGAGUCGCAAGAGAGGACUUUGGCAUAAAGGCGCAUCGAGUGGAGAUACGCAAGAGCUCAUCAGCAUUGCGUUUGACUGCGACAAAGACUGCUUGUUGUUUAAGGUGCACCAGAAAGGCAAAGGAUUCUGCCACUUGGGGACGACCUCGUGUUGGGGGAAGUCAUCUGGUCUAUCUAAACUGCAACGAACACUGCUGGACCGCAAGGUGGAUGCCCCGGAAGGCUCCUACACUGCUCGACUCUUUAAUGAUUCCAAACUUGUCAACGCCAAGAUCAAAGAAGAGGCAGAUGAGCUAUGUGCAGCGAACACGAAAGAGGACAUUGCCUCAGAGGCGGCAGACCUACUCUAUUUUGCCCUUACUCGCUGCAUUGCCGCGGGUGUUACUCUGGAGGAUAUCGAGAAGAACCUGGACUUGAAGAGCCUGAAAGUCAAGAGAAGAAAGGGCGAUGCCAAACCUCAAUAUGUCGAAGAUAAACCACCCAAGGAACAGAGCCAGUCAGAGAGCAACGGCGUCAAUGGCCCCCAGGAUGAGGAGGUUAAAGAAGCCGCUUCUGUUCCCAAAGCUCCUUCAGAUCCUGCCGGCAAGACAUCAUCUGGCCGGAUAGAGCUGAAGCGAUACUCGACGACACAAGCCUUCUCCGAUGAUGUCCUCAAGGCUGCCCUACAGCGACCUUCACAAAAGUCCAACGAGAAGAUCAUGUCUCUAGUCCGUCCUAUUAUCGCAGAUGUUCGGGCAGACGGCGACUCUGCUGUCCUGCAAUACACCCACAAAUUUGAAAAGGCCACCAGUCUCAAGUCGCCAGUCCUGAAAGCACCUUUUCCGGAAUCCCUCAUGCAACUCCCGGAAGAGACCAUCAAAGCCAUCAAUAUCUCAUACGAUAACAUCCUCAAAUUUCACUCCGCCCAGAAAUCUUCGGCUCCGUUGGUCGUCGAGACCAUGCCAGGCGUCACAUGUUCCCGCUUCUCACGCCCAAUUGAGAAGGUUGGACUUUACAUUCCUGGAGGAACUGCUGUGUUACCCUCAACUGCUCUGAUGUUGGGUGUGCCUGCCAUGGCUGCAGGGUGCAAGGACAUCGUGUUUGCCUCUCCCCCACGAGCUGACGGCACCCUCACUCCUGAAAUUGUGUACAUAGCACACAAGGUAGGGGCUAGGGAAAUUGUGCUGGCGGGUGGUGCACAGGCCGUUGCAGCCAUGGCCUACGGCACCGAGUCGAUCACUAAGGUUGACAAAAUUCUCGGUCCUGGAAAUCAAUUCGUGACUGCCGCAAAGAUGCUUGUUAGCAACGAUACAUCUGCAGCUGUCUCUAUCGACAUGCCUGCCGGCCCGUCGGAAGUGCUUGUGAUCGCCGACAAAACUGCAGAUCCUGCCUUUGUGGCCAGUGAUCUCCUCAGUCAGGCCGAGCACGGCACAGAUAGCCAGGUUGUGCUAAUCGCCAUUGACCUGGACGAGAAAGAGCUGCAGGCCAUUGAAGACGAAGUGCAUAAGCAGGCGCAUGAACUACCUCGGGUUGACAUUGUGAGAGGCGCCAUCGAACACAGUGUCACUAUCUCUGUCGCCACUCUGGAGGAAGCCAUGAAAUGGUCCAACUAUUAUGCCCCUGAGCAUCUCAUCUUGCAAAUUGCGGAACCGCGAUCCGUGCUGCCUUCUGUUCAGAAUGCUGGCUCGGUGUUUAUCGGUGGCUGGACCCCAGAAUCUGUCGGCGAUUAUUCUGCCGGUGUGAACCAUAGUCUGCCCACCUAUGGGUACGCAAGGCAAUACAGUGGAGUCAACCUGGGCAGCUUCACGAAGAGCAUUACGAGCAGCGAGGUAACCGAGCAGGGGGUGGGCGAGGUCGGAUAUGCUGUCAUGGAGCUUGCGAGAUGUGAAGGUCUUGAUGCGCAUAGAAGAGCCAUGGAAAUUCGAAUGGAGAAGUUGGGCAUUGUUGAGAGAAAGGUUCCAGCAAAUGGGAACACUGCCGUGGGCAAAGACGAGCCCGUCACAGCCGCUGGAGAGCAGGGCGCCGAGGCGACAAUACAACCUACCAAGUCGACCCCAAGCGAAUCCCAAACAGACGGUGUGGAAGCGCCAACUGCUGCCUGA